AUUCUUACAUAUACACAAAACCUAGCUAUCACGCCCUCAUACAAUAAUAAUAUUACAAUAUGGUGUCGAAACGAAACAUCUGCUACAUAGUUUCCGGAAUCAUAUUCAUCCUCUUAGCCCUCUUCAUGAUCGGUUUGAUCUUAGCGCAAACCGUGUUCAAGCCAAAACAUCCGAUAUUACAAACCGUAUCUUCAACCGUCGAAGGCGUAUCCACAAAUGUAUCGCCACCAGAUCAGGUCCAGGUAAACUUCACUCUCACACUCGAGAUGUUGCUGACGAACCCGAACGUUGCCGAUGUCGAGUACAAGACGGUGGAAAACUUGGUUUAUUACAGGGAUACGCUGGUGGGGAAUCUGAGUCUUCCUUCAAGCACGCUACCAGCGAAAGGUUCAGUGAUGUUGGCAUGUCCUCUAGUUCUUCAGAUCGAUAAAUUUGUGGCCAACUUGGGGGAUAUCGCGCAAGAUAUAUUGCAUGGGAAAAUAGUGAUGGAGACAAAGGCAAGAAUGCCAGGAGAGAUCACGUUGUUGGGAAUCUUUAAAACACAUAUGGAUUCAAUAUCGCAUUGCAACCUCGUACUUGGGUUUCCUACAAUGAAAGUGUUGGAACAAGUCUGUGAUCUCAAAACUAAGCUGUAA